AUGGGGAAUACCUCCGACGGCCCCUUCUAUUGCACAGAAGCCAUCUUGGAUCUUGCGUGCUACUGCGAGAUCCAGGUGGUCAUUUCAGACCAUGAGCACCUGCGCGAGAUCGCGGCGGGCAAUUUUUGGAAUCCCUCGAUCCGCGUACAUACUAGCCUCAUGGCGGCCAUCUUGGAAUUUCUGCGCGAGAUCGCAGCAAUACAAAGUUUAUUUUCUGUAAGCCCGCGGUUUGCGUGGGCAUCACAUAGCCCCCCGGCGGGCUCCACACACUCUUUGUUUUCCUCAGUUAGAUUCUAUAAAAGAUAA